AGUAACUAGUCUGGUCGUGGCAAAGGCACUACAAUUCGAAAUACGACCAUGCCAUUUCCUACCCUGUUUUCCCCGCAAUCAAACUAAAAGAACAUUACUCUCUCUCUCUCUCUCUCUCUCUUAAAAUGACUUUUGUGUUUGGUUCCUGACAAUAAUUUACUUAGAUUUCAAUUUUUUUAUUGUAAAUUAAUUAUCAAUGGUUUUUCUUGUUUGAUUUUGUAAUUUCGAGAGAAGUAGAAAUGACCAUAGAUAAUCAAUCGGAGAAGAUGGUGAAUAUUGUCUGGCGUCCAUGCUUCUUUGUGAUUUUCUCUUCUAAUUUAAGCUCAGAGCGAUUGAGAAUCCCUGUCAGUUUCAUCAAGCAUAUGGAAGGGAAAACGCCGGGAUUAGUUUCUCUGCUGGGCCCUAGUGGGGAUGUUUGGACAGCUGAAUUAACUCAGGAGAAUGACGAUUUGUUAUUCAGUAAUGGGUGGUCGGAAUUUGUGAGAGAUCAUUUUUUGGAAUGCGGUGACCUUUUGGUUUUUAGGUAUCAUGGCGAGUUGUGUUUCUCUGUGCAAGUGUUUGAUCAAAGUGCGUGUGAGAAAGAGGCUGCGUUUCAUUCCAAAUGCAGCCAAGGUUGUAGUGAAUUUUGUGAAAGCACAGGGAAGAAGAGAGAAAGAGAGGAGGAGGCUGCAUCAUUAGAGAAAGAUUUUGUUUGUGCACGGAAAAAGGUUAGAGAGGGCUCUUCUGAAUUCCAUUCAGCAUACAUAGAAAAGAACCGGGAAGCUCAUAUCAGCGCAUGUGAUGUGGGAGGGUGCCAGCAUAAUGGGGUCCUUACAACUGAAGAAAGUUUACCUCGUGAAACAAAUCAAUGUGGGAAUCCAGCCAAUUGUUUUGCCACUCCCCCUCAAUCAAAAGCAUGCUCUGAAAAGCAAGAGGUACCCAUCUGGAAAAGAUUUGGCAAAGAUGAUGACUUGAAGCUGCAUGACAGAGGUCAUGUGUCAAUUUUUUCAGAACGUGAGAAAAGAGUUGCUGAAUCUUUUAUCUCUUGCUUUCCGUACUUCGUGAGGAUCAUGAAACGGUUUAACGUCAGUGGAUCAUACACUCUGAAUAUACCAUAUCAAUUUUCAAUGGCACAUCUUCCUAAUUGCAGAACAGAAAUUAUCCUUCGUACUAUCAAAGGAGCAUCUUGGAGUGUGAAUUCUGUACCAGCUACAAGAGUGCAUACAAGCCAUACCUUAUGUGGAGGAUGGAUGGCCUUUGUUCGUAGCAAUGACAUCAAUGUGGGAGAUGUUUGUAUUUUUGAACUUGUGCGCAAAUAUGAAUUGCGUGUUUUUAUUCUUCGAGUUGGAAAGGAGGGCCCAGAUAUGGAAACUGGAAAAGUAGUUUCUAACGGGGAAAACACUGGGUGUCCUGCCAUUGCACAUACAACUGAAAGUUUUCCAAAGAAAUCAAGAAGAAAUUGCUUGAAGGUCCAUUCUAAACUCAUUAACAAAGCAGAAAUAUGUGAUAAAAAAGAGUUUGAGAAGAGUCAAGCAACUGGCAUUUUAAGGCAUGGAAAUGUAACAAAGGAUUCUGCCAGUGCUGUGCUCUUCUCUAUGUCAAGAACUGGAGAUGCAAAGCAGCAGGCACCACCUAUUCAGAAUGGAAAGGGUGUAGAAGCUGAAGCUGGUCUGAGAAGGUUGGUAGCACUGGAUGAAGAAAGAGCAGCCAGGUCCUUUACGUCUGGUUUUCCUAAUUUUGUUAGAAUCAUGAGGAAGUUCAAUGUUAGUGGUUCAUAUACUUUGAAAAUCCCCCACCAGUUUUCAGCAGCAUAUCUUCCGAACUGUAAGACAGAGGUCAUCCUUUGUAGUCUACAAGGGCAAUGCUGGACUGUGAAUUCUCUCCCAGACUCGAAAGGUAGAGCAGUGCACACUUUUUGUGGAGGGUGGAUGGCCUUUGUUCGUGACAACAAUAUCAAGAUAGGGGAUAUCUGCAUGUUUGAGCUUGUUGGCAAGUGUCAAAUGCGGGUACAAAUAUCUGGGGUUGGACAUGAAGUGGUCAAUCAUCAAAUUGGAAAUCCAGCAUCCAAUGACUUACCUCUUCUGGCUGUGCCUCGCAAUGAUCCUCCCUCACGAGGUACAUGGAAGAGUCCAGCCUUAGCUGGACAUGUAUGAUUUUUAUGUGUCUGUUUUUGGCUGAGCUUCUUUUUGCAUGUGUUUACCAGAGUGUGAUACUCGUGUUUGAGCCAAGGGGCAGUACUCGAAGGUGGCUGAAGGAAGUGGAGAUGUUCUUCAAGGCUCGGUCUGUUAUUCAGCAUUUUUGGGGAUUCAUGAAUCUGCCGCCACUAAUUUUUCAUGCAACAGGGAGUCGUCCAUGUAACUGUCAUUGUACAUGCUAUGUAUCCUGGUUAGUUUUGUUUACUGUAGCUUGCGCUCGCAGCUUAGCAUGCAGCGGAGACAAUUAGAGUGCAGGAUGGAACUGUAAGAUCAGGCCUUUUGCUCAAACAACUUGGCUGAUAAUUAAUUCUUAGCGGGCUGGUAUUAUGCGAGAGAAGGCGUUGAAAUGAAUGAAGAGGAUGGAACCUAAUUUGCUUGGAACGAUAUAUCCGUGCCUAUAGUGAAAGGGCCUUCAAUAUUAGAACCCAUACUGACUGACCUGUUGAU